AGCAAAAUGGAUAUCUCAAACCCCCCAACUUCCAAAUGUAUCACUUACUGGAAAAGAAAAGUUAAAUCUGAAUACAUGCGACUCCGACAACUGAAGCGGCUUCAGGCAAAUAUGGGCGCGAAGGCUCUAUAUGUAGCAAAUUUUGCAAAGGUUCAAGAAAAAACCCAGAUCCUCAAUGAAGAAUGGAAGAAGCUUCGUGUCCAACCUGUGCAGUUGAUGAAGCCUGUGAGUGGGCAUCCUUUUCUCAAAAAGUGUACCAUAGAGAGCAUUUUCCCAGGAUUUGCAAGCCAACAUAUGUUAAUGAGGUCUCUGAACACAGUUGCCUUGGUUCCCAUCAUGUAUUCCUGGUCCCCUCUCCAGCAGAACUUUAUGGUAGAAGAUGAGACAGUUUUGUGCAAUAUUCCCUACAUGGGAGAUGAGGUGAAAGAAGAAGAUGAGACUUUCAUUGAGGAGCUCAUCAAUAACUAUGAUGGGAAAGUCCACGGUGAAGAAGAGAUGAUCCCUGGAUCUGUUCUGAUUAGUGAUGCUGUUUUCCUGGAGUUAGUAGAUGCUCUGAAUCAAUACUCAGAUGAAGAGGAGGAAGGGCACAAUGACACCUCAGAUGGGAAGCAAGAUGACAGCAAAGAAGAUCUGCCAGUGACAAGAAAGAGAAAACGACACGCUCUUGAAGGCAACAAAAAGAGUUCCAAGAAACAGUUCCCAAACGACAUGAUCUUCAGUGCAAUUGCCUCGAUGUUCCCUGAGAACGGUGUCCCGGAUGACAUGAAGGAGAGGUACCGGGAGCUGACGGAGAUGUCAGACCCCAAUGCGCUUCCCCCUCAGUGCACACCCAACAUCGACGGCCCCAACGCCAAGUCCGUGCAGCGGGAGCAGUCUCUGCACUCCUUCCACACACUUUUUUGCCGACGCUGCUUCAAAUACGACUGCUUCCUUCACCCUUUUCACGCCACCCCUAAUGUAUAUAAACGCAAGAACAAAGAGAUCAAGAUUGAACCAGAACCAUGUGGCACAGACUGCUUCCUUUUGCUGGAAGGAGCGAAGGAGUACGCCAUGCUCCACAACCCUCGCUCUAAGUGCUCCGGGCGUCGCCGACGAAGGCACCACAUGGUCAGUGCUUCCUGCUCCAACACUUCAGCCUCUGCUGUGGCUGAGACUAAAGAAGGGGACAGUGACAGGGAUACAGGCAAUGACUGGGCCUCCAGUUCUUCAGAGGCCAACUCUCGCUGCCAGACCCCCACAAAGCAGAAGGCUAGUCCGGCCCCCCCUCAGCUCUGUGUAGUGGAAGCACCCUCGGAGCCUGUGGAAUGGACUGGGGCUGAGGAAUCUCUCUUUCGAGUGUUUCAUGGCACCUACUUCAACAACUUCUGUUCCAUAGCCAGACUUCUGGGAACUAAGACAUGCAAGCAGGUCUUUCAGUUUGCAGUCAAAGAAUCACUUAUCCUGAAGCUGCCAACAGAUGAGCUCAUGAACCCGUCGCAGAAGAAGAAAAGAAAGCACAGGUUGUGGGCUGCACACUGCAGGAAAAUUCAGCUGAAGAAAGAUAACUCUUCCACUCAAGUGUAUAACUACCAGCCCUGCGACCAUCCAGACCGCCCCUGUGACAGCACCUGCCCCUGCAUCAUGACACAGAAUUUCUGUGAGAAGUUCUGCCAGUGCAACCCGGACUGUCAGAAUCGUUUCCCUGGCUGUCGCUGUAAGACCCAGUGUAAUACCAAGCAGUGUCCCUGCUACCUGGCAGUGCGAGAGUGCGACCCCGACCUGUGCCUCACCUGCGGGGCCUCGGAGCACUGGGACUGCAAGGUGGUUUCCUGCAAAAACUGCAGCAUCCAGCGAGGCCUCAAGAAGCACCUGCUGCUGGCCCCCUCAGAUGUGGCCGGAUGGGGCACCUUCAUUAAGGAGUCAGUGCAAAAGAACGAAUUCAUUUCUGAAUACUGUGGUGAGCUUAUCUCUCAAGACGAGGCUGAUCGACGGGGGAAGGUCUAUGACAAAUACAUGUCCAGCUUCCUCUUCAACCUCAACAAUGAUUUUGUAGUAGAUGCUACCCGGAAAGGAAACAAAAUUCGAUUUGCAAACCAUUCAGUGAACCCCAACUGUUAUGCCAAAGUGGUCAUGGUGAACGGGGAUCAUCGCAUUGGAAUCUUUGCUAAAAGGGCAAUUCAAGCUGGUGAAGAGCUCUUCUUUGAUUACAGGUACAGCCAAGCUGAUGCCCUCAAGUACGUGGGGAUCGAGCGGGAGACUGAUGUCCUUUAG